CUUUGCUUCUCGAGAGAGAGAAGUAUCUUCGAGCCAGCGAUAAAGUUGUGUUAACAAUAAGUAAUCGUUCGUCGUCGUCUUCACUGAGAAAAUACUGUAAGCAAUGUCUAACGAUCACAAGAAAAGACUUGAGUCUAGGUUAGAGUGGGAAGGUUUCUCCGAAUCAAAGAUCAAAAGUGAUGGAAAUUGCCAGUUUAGCUCUAUAUCUGAUCAGCUCUUCAAGUCACCGGACUAUCAUGAAAAAGUUCGAGAAAGAAUAGUGAAACAGCUUAAAACUUGUCCAAAGUUGUACAAAGAGUUUGUUGGCAUGGACUCGAGUAAGAAAAGAACAAAUGAUCUUCCCAAGGACUACUCUGAGUAUGUCAAGAACAUGUCCAAGAACGGUGUUUGGGGUGAUAGCGUCACGUUGCAGGCAGCUGCUGAUACGUUUGGGGUGAAGAUAGUAGUCAUUACAUCAGAGAAAGAAGUACCUUCCAUGGAGAUUGUUCCUAAGUCUUUGACACUCGAGAGAGUCAUUUACUUGAGCUAUUUGACAGGGGUCCAUUACAACUCAAUCUACUUAAAAGGUUCAGAGACAGAUGCUGCUCCCAUGGAGCUACCGGGGAAGAGUAACAACAAGAAUAUGAAUAAGAGUGAGAAUGACAAGGACAUGAAGCCACAUGGGAAGAAUGAGAACGAUAAGAACAAAAACAACCAGAAGAAGAACAAGGAGAAGGGCAAGAACAAAACGAAGAUAUAG